UACAUGUGUGUAAGAGUACUGCUAUAUAGUAUAUUUCAUAGUGGGAAACGUAGUCAGCUGUCGGUUCGUCACAUGACGUUCUAAUUAAUUGUUGUCAUUUCAAGCUACUUGAAACAACAACCAAUCAAUUUACAUAUUGUAAAUCAAUAUUGUAGACUGAAAUUAGUCUAAGUUACUAUUUACAUCAUGCAAGACCCAAACGAGGACACAGAAUGGAAUGACAUUCUUAGGAAAAAAGGAAUUAUACCUGAAAAAGAAAAAGAAGUUACGGAAGAUGAAAUAUUGGACAUUGUAGAAAACACCAUAAAUGAGAAAACUGGACGUUCACUCAAUGAUUUAGAAAAUAAGACAUUAGAUGAAUUAGAUGAACUAGAGGAUGAAGAAGAUGAGAAGGUUCUAUUAGAAUACAGAAAAAAGAGAAUAGCAGAAUUAAAAGCAUUAGCUGAAAAAUCUAAAUAUGGCGAGGUCAAAGAAAUAUCGGGGAAAGAUUAUCUUGAGGAAGUAAAUAAUGCUGGAGAGGACAUUUGGGUUGUUCUUCAUUUGUACAAAGUUGGGUUUCCUCUAUGUUCGCUUAUCAAUAACUAUUUAGAUAAUUUAGCAAGAAAAUUCUCUGCAACAAAAUUCUUAAAAAUAAUUUCUGUUACUUGUAUUGAAAACUGGCCAGACAGUAAUCUUCCUACGAUUUUCAUCUAUCAUAAUGGAAACAUGGUGCAAAAAUUUAUUGGACCCCUAGAAUUAAGAGGCAUAAAAUUAACUGAAGCAGAAUUGGAAUGGAUGCUAGGAGAAGCUGGAGCUGUACCAACUAAAUUUACCAAAGAUCCACGACCAAAAAUUAAAGAUGUUUUAUUCUCUACAUUAAGGUCUACUAGUGACGAUGUAGAUGAUGAUAAUGAUUGGUAAUUGCAUUAUUGUUAGGAACUAACACAAGCAAAACAACCAUACAAAUAUUUUACAGCACAAAACAUUUUAUUUAUUUUAUCACUGUUGUCACAUAUACAUAUUAUCAUUUAUUACACUUGAAAUUUUAUUAUUACAUGCAAUAAUUAUGCUACCACAAUAAAAUAUUUUAUUAACACAUUACCAGUUUUUAGUUUAUGAUUUCUACCACACAUUAAUAAUUCUAUUACACUAUGUAUUGAUAAAAUAAUCAUAGUUUAUUUAUCUACAGAGAAUAAUACAUGUUUUUGCAAUAUGGAAAAAUAACCUCAUUUGCAUAAAAGCAACGCUUAAUUUUCAAUGACAUUUCUUUCACUUUGUGCACGAAAACAUGUUAUCCACGCUUACGAUUUGAAGAACUUGUUUUGACUAGAUAUAUCGAAAAUUCGAUGAAAUAAAAAAUAUAAUUAGACUUACAGGAAACUGGAACAAUCCACAGCAUCGUCGUAAUCUUUACUACUAAAUUUCGCGUUCAGAUUUAUUUCCUUUUUUCUACAUUUUUUUCACGGUUUACUUAUCUUCGGAAAAAUCAAUAGAUCGAACAAUCAACAAACGGCAUAAAAAAGUUUAUCGAUAUUAAAUCGAUUCUUGAAAAUUAUCGAAUUUGAACGUAAAUAUACGUAGCACGCAGUUUUUCGAACGUGAAACUGUUCAGUUACUGCUUAGUAAUGUUUAUAUUUUGUGUCAUUGAAGGACUUCUCAGAAUAC